AGGUGGCUCAUUAGCACCACCUAGAGACUCCUCGGGAUUACGUAGUUCUUCAGAGACAUCUGUGUUUGAUUUUCGUGAUAGUGACUCUGAAGGGGAAAUGCCAGUACUUGAAAUGCAGACACUUGGUGAGAUGAGGAGAGAUAGAAAGUCACACACAAAACACCAGAUGCAGGCAUCCUCAGUUACAGUACCUGAUAUGAUUGAACUAUCUGAGGAAGGAGUGAUGGUUGCUGCUUCUAUGUCUGAAGCACAUAAAGAAAUAGAAUCUCGGCCAUUGUCUCCACUUGAUCCAUUCUGGACUGCGACUUGUGAUAAGUUCCUCGAACAGCUUCGUAUGGGCGGCGCAAAAAGAAAAUGUCGACGGAAGAAAACUGUUGCAGAACUGAAAGCUAUUCCAGAUAAGACUGACAGUAGAUCUGAAAUUACUGACAUGGAGGUAAAUACUAUGGAGAAUGAAAAGAAGUCAGAGAAAAGUGAAGCAAAAGAGGAAGUAAAAGAAGGAGAAAAGAGGACAAGUGAGAAGAAGAAAAGUGAGAAUGUUGUGAUGAAAGAGAAGAAACCAAAAUUAGAAGAUUCUGAUGAAGAUGUACCCCUCAUUAAACGCAGAGGACGGCCAAAGAAAAAGGUCAGUAGUGAUGGUGACGUGGAAGAUGAGAUCAGUUUAGCAGAGAUAAAGGCACGUCUUGGAAGGGCAGAUAAAAGUAUUGCACUCGAAGUAUCUAAGAACGUGAGGAGUAGCAGCAGUAACAGCAGCAGAAGUCAUAGUAGCAGUAGCGUUAUAAGCAGUGAUGAUGAAGAGGAUGGGGAGCAUAGUGACAUUCAUGGAGAAACAGUGGCAGCAAGACUGAGACGCAGAAAACGCCAGGGGAAGGAAGGGAAGGAUGAAAAUGGUGGAGCAUCCACUGGAAUGAGACUCCGGUCAAAGGCUGCUUGCACUUUACAGAAAGUAACACCUAGUGAGAAUGAAAGACAAUCUGAGACUUCUGGAAAAUUGAGCUCAAAAAGGAAGAAGCCUCAGUUUGGAGAUGGCUCUGACUUCCGACCAGGCUGGGAGGAGGAGGUUUACCGGUUUAAACGCUCUCUGCGCAUGCCAGCACGAUUGAUCAACAUUCCACGUCCUCCACAUACGCAUAGGCUCUCGGCAUCAUUACCAGAUUUGGAUCCAUAUCCUAACUCUCCUGCAACUUCUAUUGUGGAUUCUGCAGAUUUUACGCUACAGCGUCGACACUUGGCUCAUCCUGGUGGCUCUCUUGACCGUUGUCAGAGUGUGUGGAGUUCUGUACGUAGUGAAUUGGCUGAUAGUGAUCUUGAUUCUAGCUCAAAUUUGUCUGCUUCUUGGCACCAUGCUCGUAGGACAGAUGACUUAGGUGGUGAUUCUGAGGAAGCAACAUCAUCAACAACAAUGUCAACUAAGCUCAAGAAUAAUGCAGACAAUGACAAUAAUAAUUCAAUAUUAAACCUUCUAGUACGAAAAUACAGUCAUAGCAAGUCUCCACGUAAAAAGUCUUGUGAAAAAAGUUGGCUUUCAGAACGUUCUGGUGUGCGCAUUAUUCCUCGUUCCUCCAGUGGACCUGAACUUUUGCCUACUCCUAGUCUUGGCAUAGGAUUUAAGAAGUCAUCUAAUUCCAAGGUUGACAAUAAAAGGGUUAGCUUGCAGGCUAAGAAACAUAAAAGCAAAAAGGACACGAAGGAUUCAAAAGGUGAAAAGGAACCUGUCUGUGAUAUUGAAGAGUCAGUGUAUUUGGGCUAUUUCAGAAAGAAGACUGUUACAAAUUUCCGUGAUGCAUUUCGCCAGAAUGGUGGUAUUCUUGUGGAAAACUUUGCACCUAUUGUAUUUAAAUCCCGGACACGAACUCAAACCCGAGUGUUACGACAGCGUGCAACUAUACGUGAAGUAUUUGGUGAGGAUCGACCAGCCUCUGCUCCUCCAAUAUGUCAUAAAGAAAUAUUGGACAUUCAACAGAGUGAGAAUACAGAAGGGAAGAGAAGAAUCCACAAACAAGACGCUAGUAUAGUGGGCAAGAAUCGGAGCUGUACAAUAACUGGUGGUCGACCGGGUUUACGUAGUGCUGGCCUGAGACGCAGCAACAAAGCGGUUCUCAACUCUAAACGUCGCCUCUUACGUCGAGACCACAGUCUGUUGUGUGCACUUGGCUCAAAGAAACUGUCUGGCAAAGAUGCUUCUAAAAGUUUAGGUUCUAAUGAACCAGUUGCAUUUGUUCCUCCAGUGUCCCGGGAAAGCACUGUUACCAAAGCUUCUACAGCAGCAUCUCCUCCUUCAUCAACAAGCCAACAGAUGGAAAAUGGUAUGGUACCCCCCAAUGGCAAACGCAUCAAACUUCGUACUGUAAGACGCAAAUUUCGUUCUGGGUUUGACUACAUUCGUAAGAAGAAAAAGCAACAGAAACGAGAAGGAGAUGCAGAAGGAAAUAAAGAGAAGAAAAAGGGUACAUUCCCAAGGCCAAGCUCCGAGUCAGUUCAAGACAUACAGACAGAAAUUCGUGGAUGGGUGAUCAACAAAGGGCUAGGAGAGACAUUGCUCCAUCGAGCAGCUAGACUUGGAUAUACGGAUGUGGCUGCAUACUGCCUGGAGAAAUUAGACAAUCCGCCAUCACCACGUGACAAUGCAGGUUAUACACCUCUGCAUGAAGCAUGUUCUCGAGGUCAUUUGGAAAUAGCCAGACUCCUACUCAUGUAUGGGGCUAAUGUUAGUGAUAGUGCUCUAGGGGGAAUCAGGCCCUUGCAUGAAGCUGCUGAGAAUGGCUUUACAGAACUGAUUCGCCUGUUAUUAUCGUAUGGAGCUGAUCCUCUUCUGGCAACAUACAGUGGCCACACACCAUUGUCUCUAACGAAAGAUGACGAGGCACGAAAAUUGUUGCAGCAGCACCUAGCUGAUGUUCAAGGACAACCAGCUCCUCCAUGGACAUUCCAAGGUCCUGCAAGUUGGUGUGAUUCACCAGAGAAUGGAUAUGAUCCAUUGUCAGAUCCACCAUGUUCAUCUCCUGAACCCCCUGAGGAAAGUGGUGUAGAUAUGGAGACAAGCGAAUUGUCACUUCCAGUGCUGUAUCGUCUUCGUUGUGAACCGCCAGGAGAGAGAUGGGUUCUGCUUCAGGACUUGACACAGUUGCUACAUGUCAAAUCACGUGAUGCUUUAUUACGACAGCUGUGUGCAGAAGCAAAAAGUGUGCUGCGUGAGUUCAAAAUGGCAGACUUCUUAGAACAGGCUCGCAGCUGUCACGUAUCAUGCGGUGGUGAAAAGAUAAAUAUCCGUGCAUCCAAAGUGGCGCUAGUCAAGUAUAACGAAAAGGUCAGACAACUGUUAGGUGUCGAGAAGGUCACGAUCAGCUUUAGAUGACCUCAGGGGUUGUUAACGCUAUAAGAAACGCAAAACUAGUGAUGCACUGCUAUAGGCAUGACUUUUUGUGCAAAUAUGUACAAACUUAUCGUAAAUUACAUUGAAAAGUUAUGUUCUGAUUUUGUGAAUUUGAAUAUUGUUAGUUUGUGAAAAAGUCACAAAAUAUCUUGUCAUUAUUGUGUUUUUGGAGAUUGUGACAUGCCAAAAACAAAGGUGUACAAUAACAAGAUUGUUCUGUUAAAGUAUCUAUAGUGACAUUGUACACAGAGUUCUGUUUUGAUGAUGUUUCAUAUAAUGGCAAAGCUGUGUUGUUUAAUGUAAUUUAUGGAAUGUGCAAUUUAAUUGAAUUUUAAAUAAGGAAGUUACAAAAGUAUAUAUAUUUUUAUUUUCUUCGAGACAAAACUUGCUUUGAUGACUUAUCCAUGACUAUUUCUUUAGGACAUAGAAGUUAAUUUCUAUAAUAGAUUCCUUUUUUACAGCUUUAGGUUUAAGAAAAAAUUGAGAGUACCUAGUUUGGAAUUUUGUGCAGAAAAAACAAUUCUGUAGUGAUACUGUUUUUGUAAAUGGUGGAAAUGGUGCAAUAGAUCUUGUUGAGUCUUGCAUGCUUUUUUUUAAAUCAUUUUCACUGGAUAUUUUGUAGUUUUGUACUUAAGUUCGUAAGAGUUGUUGCAGAAAUGAUUUAUAGAUAUUAACUUUUGUCCACAUACAUGAUUUAGUGCUAAUGAAGAACUAUAGUUGUGAUUAUUUAUGUUCAGUCAUUAUUUUAAAUUAAUUUUAUGUAACCUUUGAUAUGAAGGUGGAUAAUAUUAUCUCAGACCAUCUCAGGGAAAUAAUGAAUACUGUAAUAUUUGAAUAUCCUGAUAGAUGUUCAAAACUGUAUUGUACUCAAUAAUACAAAAAAAGAUAAGUGAUUAUGAAAGUUGUAAAUGUUCUAUAACAUAUUAUUGUUUCUAUUAAAGUGAUUAAAAAGUGAUGGCAUCAAAGUAUUGUAUCUAGUUUGACAUUUUGAUUUUACUUUUUACUGAGAAUGUAAGUAUAUUUUAGGAAAAUUUGGACUGCUUUUGGUGUGAACUGUAAGAUUAUGUUUGUUGCUAGUGAAACAAAAUUACAUAACUCAACAGCAGUGUCUUUUUUCCCCGGUCCAGAUUCUUGAUGUGCAAGAUCUAAUAAUUAGUGUGAUUCUUGUAGAGAUAAAUCUGUGGUACAUACUUUCUUAAAUGUACACCAUAUUCAUGUGUGAUGCCUCUUGUAAGCAUACUUAAUGUUGAGUCUGCAUUAUGUACAUUGUCAAAUUCUGGUUUAAGAAGAGAAUUGCUGUGAUGUUAUUGGAGGGAAAGUGCAAUGCUUUUAAUACAAAUUAUAAGGUCUAUCUCCAUUUUUUGGAAAUUGGUAGUUAACAGGAGUGACUAAUUAGGUGGAAUGUCUGUGAGUCCUCUUUGAUCAGUAGAAGUGGAUUGGUUCCCAGAGGUAGUGUGUACUGGAAAGGAAAUUAUAUGAAAAAUCAAAUUGAUAGUAUUUUAUUAAAAGAAUGUAUUUUA